AUGUCAAACCUUACUCCGGCUGCUAUUGAAGGGCGGGCGACACAGGGAGCAUUCUUGAAACGCCAGCUUUUUAACGAACCGCCCGCCACCUCGCGCCAGCAGGUCGACCUUACAGGGCAGACUAUCAUUGUUACCGGGGCUAAUACUGGACUAGGCUUGGAGUGCAGCAAGCAGCUGCUGGAGCUGGGGCUGAGCCAGCUGAUUCUUGCAGUCCGUAGUGUAGCCAAGGGGGAGGAGGCUAAGCAGCAGCUGCUGAACCAGUACCGCAAACAGCAGAGUGACAGCAGCAAAGUUCAGGUGGAGGUAUGGCCGCUGGACCUGGCCAGCUAUGAGUCGGUUCUGGCCUUUGUGGAGCGCACCAAGACGUUAGACCGACUGGACGUGGUAAUCAACAAUGCGGGAAUCUCCAAGCGAACUUUCACGCCCAAUGUCUUUACAGGCCACGAGGAGUCGGUUCAGGUCAAUUUUAUUUCUACUGCGCUGCUGACUCUUCUUCUUGUUCCUGUACUACAGGCGAAGAAUCCCCCGCACCGGCCUGGCCGCAUUACCAUUGUCAGCUCUGAUACCUCUGCAUGGGCGAAGUUCAAGGAGCAGGACAUCCGUCCUCUUCUGGCUGGUCUCGAUGAUAAGGUCUUCUUCUCCGAGGAUCGCUACGCCACCUCGAAGCUUCUGGGCCAGUUCUUCAUCUACGAACUCACCAAGCGCAUUUCCUCGUCUGUUGUCGUUAUUAAUGGGCCUAAUCCAGGCUUGUGCAAGUCGGGCCUCGUCCGCGAGUACCGCGGCACCUUCAUCGGCUUCAUCUUUGGCAUUAUGGAGGCUAUUCUUGCCCGAAAGCCUGCCAUUGGCGCGCGUGCCCUCACCGACGCCGCUGUUAACCACGGACCCGAGAGCCAUGGCCAGUAUAUCGAGGACGGCAAACUUGCGGCCUGGGCGCCCAUCUUGUAUAAGUCCAAAGGCGAGAAGAUUCGCAAGCAACUGUGGGAGGAACUGAUGGGUGAACUGGCGUUUGCUAAGGUGGAAGACAUCCUUAGAGACAUCAGCGUAUAG